AUGCCUCCAGCAGCCAGUGGCUGGACAACAGGAAAAUCGAGCCUGGAAUGGACGCUGAACAAGCGGUUGAGCCCCGCUAUUUACGUGUUGGAGAUCUGCCCCUCCCCCUCCCCCUCCCCCUCCUUACCCCUCAUCCUCCAGGUCUUGUCGAUUACAGCGUCUCGCCGCGAGAAUAAUCAGCAUGAUCUCGGAGGUGCGAUUCGAAAUAUGAAGACGAAGAAUAUGCGUUGGCGCAUCGCAGACUUGGCGUUGGCCUUGUUGAAGGCUCCUGGCACUCCGCAUACCGGCUUCUACGAUGCGGACGCGCUCGACGCGUUCACAAUGGAGCCUCUCAAUGUCUUGAUGGUCGGUACCGGCGAGUACACCACCGGUUUUGUCGGUGGUGGUGCCUCUGGGUCGGACAAGAAGGUCGGUGUCGUUGGUCUCACACUCUUCGACCUGAGAAGGCGAGGCAAGGUCAACCAGCUGGGCAUGGUUGGCGUCAACGGAACCAAGUUCCCCGCCAUCAGGGAACAUCUCAACAAGAACAUCACCCAGGCCUACAACGGUCUGGACACCUCCUUCGACUCAUACCCCGCCAACGACCAGAAGGACCCCGAAUCGUACAAGGCCGCCAUCGACGCCCUCAAGCCCGGCGAUGCCAUCACCAUCUUCACCCCCGACACCACUCACUACCCCAUCGCUCUCUACGCCAUUGAGCGCGGCAUCCACGUCCUCCUCACCAAGCCCGCCGUGAAGGAGCUCGAGCACCACCAGGCCCUCAUCGAGGCCGCCGAGAAGAAGGGCGUCUACGUCUUCAUCGAGCACCACAAGCGCUUCGACCCCGCCUACUCCGACGCCCGCUUCAAGGCCCAGAAGCUCGGCGACUUCAACUACUUCUACUCCUACAUGUCCCAGCCCAAGUCCCAGCUCGAGACCUUCAAGGCCUGGGCCGGCGUCGAUUCCGACAUUUCCUACUACCUCAACAGCCACCACGUCGACAUCUGCGAGUCCAUGGUCACCCAGCUCGGCUUCGUCCCCGUCAAGGUCUCGGCCUCCGGCUCCAAGGGUAUCGCGACCAGCCUCGGCUGCGACCCCGCCACCGAGGACACCAUCACCGUUCUCGUCCACUGGGAGAAGAAGGGCGACCCGAGCAAGAAGGCCACAGGUGUCUACACCGCAAGCUGGACCGCUCCCCAGCGCGCCGGCGUCCACUCGAACCAGUACUUCCACUACCUGGCCGCCAACGGCGAGAUCCGCGUCGACCAGGCCAAGAGAGGAUACGACGUCGCCGAGGAUGCCGCCGGCCAGCUGAUGUGGUACAACCCCUUCUACAUGCGUUACGCUCCCGACGAGGACGGAAACUUCAACGGCCAGACCGGUUACGGAUACAUCUCCCUCGAGAAGUUCGUCGACGGCUGCAGGCAGGUCAACUCUGGCAAGCUCAAGCCCGCGGACCUCGACGCCAAGGGCCUGCCGACUCUGAGGAACACGAUUGCCACGACUGCCAUUCUGCACGCCGGCAGGAAGAGCAUAGACGAGAACCGCGACGUCAAAAUUGAGAUUAACGACGGCGUGUGGAAGCUGGUUUAA